GCCCAGAUCCAAUUUAGCGAUAGUUAAUCACACACAGACCUAUAUCACUUAUUUAUUACCCCACGCCAUUGUUUUGUGUUGGAACGUCGAAGCUGCAAGGAAAAUGGAAGUGACUAUGGACCCAUUGUUUCUUGCAUGGAGUUACUUUAGGAGAAGAAAAUUCCAGAAAUGUGCGGACAUCUGCACAAAUGUUCUUGCUGACAGUCCUUAUGAUCAGGCAGCAUGGAGUUUGAAGACCAGAGCUUUGACAGAGAUGGUGUACAUCGACGAGGUGGAGGUGGACGAUGAGGGCAUUGCGGAGAUGAUGUUGGACGAGAGCUCCAUCGCUCAAGUUGCUAGGCCUGGAACUUCACUGAGGAUGCCAGGGGUGAGCCAAGGGGGAGGCCCCAGUCCCGCCGUCAGGCCCAUGACCCAGUCCGGUCGGCCCAUCACUGGUUUCGUGAGGCCCAGUACCCAGUCGGGUCGUCCAGGCACUAUGGAGCAGGCCAUCAAGACCCCACGCACCGCCCAGACCGCUCGGCCCGUCACCAGCUCCAGCGGAAGAUUCGUCAGGCUGGGAACGGCAUCCAUGCUAACCAAUCAGGACGGACCAUUCAUUAACCUCUCUAGACUCAAUCUGGCAAAAUACGCUCAAAAACCUUGCAUGUCCAAGACCCUUUUUGAAUACAUAUUUCAUCAUGAGAAUGAUAUUAAAAACGCUUUGGAUUUCGCUGCCCUUGCCACAGAGCAUGCUCAGUUUAAAGACUGGUGGUGGAAAGUGCAGCUGGGGAAAUGCUACUACCGGCUGGGUUUACACCGUGAAGCAGAGAAACAGUUCAGAUCUGCCCUCAACCAACAAGAGAUGGUGGACUCAUACCUAUACCUAGCGAAGGUGUAUCAGAGGUUAGACCAGCCCAUAACCGCUCUGAACCUCUUCAAGCAAGGCCUGGACCACUUCCCUGGGGAGACCACUCUACUCACCGGCAUCGCACGCAUCCAUGAGGAGAUGAAUAACAUCACGUCUGCUACAGAGUACUAUAAGGACGUGUUGAAGCAGGACAAUACGCAUGUGGAGGCCAUCGCCUGUAUCGGCAGUAACCACUUCUACACGGACCAGCCAGAGGUGGCCCUUAGGUUUUACAGACGGCUGCUACAAAUGGGUGUCUACAACUGCCAGCUCUACAACAACCUGGGCCUGUGCUGCUUCUACGCUCAGCAGUAUGACAUGACCCUGUCGUCGUUCGAGAGAGCCCUGGCUCUGGCGUCCAGCGAUGAGGAACAGGCUGAUGUCUGGUACAACCUGGGACAUGUGGCAGUGGGAAUGGGUGAUACGGUACUAGCCUAUCAGUGCUUCAAGCUAACGUUGGCCUUCAACAAUGACCAUGCGGAGGCCUAUAAUAACCUGGCAGUGCUGGAGAUACGCAAGGGACACGUGGAGCAGUCCAAGGCGUUCCUGCAAACAGCUGCCUCUCUGUCCCCUCACCUGUAUGAGCCGCACUUCAACCUGGCCACUCUGACGGAGAAGAUUGGGGAUCUGCAGAGCAGCUAUGCGUCGGCCCUGAAGGCGGAGGAGUCCUUCCCCGAACACGUGGACACACAGCAGGUCCUCAAGAGCCUACGCCAACACUUUGCCGAAUUAUGAGCACAGCAUGGUAAUACUUCAAAAGAAAGAAGUUUACCGCACACUUAUUUGACUUUUUUGCUUGUUUAUUCAGAGAAACACG